CACCAAAAUAGCGGCCAUGGCAGAGACCGUUGACGUUUCCUAUUAUCUCGGGGCACAGGCGGCGGAGAUUGGAGCCAUUUUGGAUGUUCCAUUAUCCAACGGGCAGAUUGUCUCGAUCAACUUAGUGGAUGAGCUUCCAGACGACCCUGUAGAGUUGGAAUCGUUUUUAGAAGGAGAGAACUGUUCGAAAAAGUACUGGAUCAGCGUAGCUAGUGCCUAUGCACAAUUAGGAAAGCUAGAAGAAGCACUUCAUAUUAUCCAAACGGCGUUGGACAAAAAUCCUGCUCAUUUUUCUGAUGAAGACAACAAGCUGUUCCAUUCUUUCUUGGUUUGGCUCUAUUUUAAGUUCGUUUCUCAUGGGAUCGACAAGGAAAACUACUUGAAGAAAGCUGGCUCUGAAAUCAACAGUCUUGCUCAACGUAUCCGAGCUGAUAACUCAACGUCCACAACCAAUUCUACUUCGAAUUUGUUGUCUCAAGCUGUAUUGCUUUUGUUCAACGGCAGAGAUGAUGAAGCGUUGGAUAUCUUUGACAAGAUUUUGCGCAUUGAUCAGAAUAACUGUUUUGCACUUUUAGGUAAAGCUCGUGCCGUCUUAAACAAAACCAAGAACUAUGCGGCUGCUUUGAAGUUGUACCAGCAGGUCCUCAUCUUGAAUCCUGUGAUAAAGCCCGAUCCCAGAAUCGGCAUUGGGUUAUGUUUUUGGUUCUUGAAGGAUGACAGAAUGGCGGUUCAGGCCUGGAACAGAGCCUUAGAGAUUGAUCCGACCAAUUUGAAAGCCAAGGUGUUGUUGAACUUGGCCAACUUCCAAAAGACGUUCAUCAACUCUUUGAGUGACGAUGAGUUCUUGGAAAACUACAAGUCGUGUUUAUCACAGUUGGCUAGUAACCAUAAAGAAAGCCCUUCAGAAUCUUCCAUUCUUUUAGCAUUGGCAUCGUACUACUUCUCCAAAGAGAGUUACGAUGUAGUUAGCAGUAUAGUAGCUAAAGUAGUCAAGAACAUGACUGGGGACGAGAACUUGACUCGUUUCAAUAGCUUCAGUAAGGUCUCGAAGUACCAGUCCAAUAUCUUGUCCGAGUGUGCUGCCUGGUUGGGUCGUAUUGAAUUCGUCAAAGCGAACUUUACGCCCGCCUCCAAGUACUUCCAGGAAGCUAUCAAGUUGAACGACGCCAAUUUGCUUGCCAAGAUCGGGUUGGGUCAGUCUCAAUACAAUCGUGGCUCUAUUGAAGAGGCUGUGAUGACAUACGAAUCAAUUUUGAGAAGUAACGUCAAGUGUUUAGAAGCUAACUACGCAUUGGGCUUACUCUAUGCAAAGCAGAAAUCAAGAAAGAAGCAACAGGCAGCCAUUCAGAUAUUGGAAAGGUACAUUAGAUUGUCCAACAACUUGGGCUUAUCUGCCAGUCAUAAAGAUGAAGACGGUUCGGAGUUCUUGAACAAGGAACCAAUUACAUUGAAUGCGUAUUUGGUGUUAAGCAAGCUUUAUGAGACAACCGAUAUCAACCAGUCCUUAAACUACUUGAAUAGGGCAAUAGAGUCAAGAAAGCAGAUUGGCAAGGAUGUUCCUUUGGAGGUAUACAACAACAUUGGGGUGUUCAAUUUCAUGAAACAGAACUACGACGAUGCUGCCGCUCAUUUCCAAACAGCUCUUGAUAUCGUCAAGAACACUGACCAGUUUGUCAGUGCUGACGGAGAUGUCAUGGUAGACUUGCCAACCGAUUUGAAAAUCUCGUUGACUUACAAUUUGGCCAGAUCCAAGGAGAUAUCGAAUGAGUCUGAGGCUAUAGACAUCUAUGAGCUGUUGUUGGCAGAGUGUCCUAACUACUUCUCGGCAAAGAUCAGAAUUCUUUUCUUGAACUGUGUCACUUCUCACAAGCUCAGCAAGGAAGAUAUUAAGGUCGAGAUCGACCAGUUGUUGGCUGUGAACGCCUCAGACUUGGAGAUUAGAUCCUUCUAUGGCUGGUUUGUCAAGAACUUUGGCAAGAAGUUGGGAUUAGCACCAGAUGCUGAUACAAACCACCAAAAGGAUACGUUAGUGGAAUAUGAUUCGCAUGACUGCUAUGCUUUGAUAUCGCUAGCCAAUAUCUACUGUAUCAUGGCCAGGGAUGUGAAAUCAGGCCUGGAAGACAAGAAGAAGAAGUACUAUGUAAGAGCCGUAGAGUUGUUUGCCAAAGUGCUAUCUGUGGAUCCAAAGAAUGUCUAUGCUGCACAGGGUUUGGCUAUAGCAUACAUUGAGAACAAAGAUUCCGUUAAAGGAUUGGAGAUCUUGAGAAAAAUCAGAGAUUCAUUGAACGACAUCUCCAUUUAUUUGAACUUGGGCCAUGUAUUGGUAGAGUCCAAACUGUAUGGCAAAGGUAUCGAGAAUUAUGAGCUUGCCUUGGGCAGAUUCACAGACGGAAAGGAUUCGCGUAUUCUUUCCUUCUUGGGAAGAGCAUGGUACUUGAGAGCCAGUGCUGAAAAGAACUUGAACUUCUUCAAGAAAGCCAUAGAGUAUACCGAGCUAGCCUUGGACUGUUCUACUGGGCCCGGUUCUUCUAUUAGAUUCAACUUGGCAUAUCUUCAUUUCCAGAUAGCUGAAUUGAUCACCAAACAGCCUGUGGGCCAAAGAAAGAUAGAUGAGAUCGAGGCUGCUAUUGCUGGUUUGGAAUCAGGAGUAGCAAUCUUGAACGAGUUGUCUUCUGAAGACGAAAAGCACCCACCUUAUCCUAAGGCUGAGUUGAAAGCCAGAGCCAACUUGGGAUCGACAACGUUGUUGAACAGAUUGAACGGAUGUCUUGAAGAAACGAAGAACAGCAUUGCUGCGAUAGAAGAGAAGAUUGAAGUCGCCAAGAAGUUGAGAAAGGAAGAAGAAGAGGAAAAAGAGAGACUUGAAAACGAAAGACUUGCAGCCGUUAAGGCCAAGGAAGAAGAGCUUGCUAAGGAAAGAGCAAUCUUGCAAGAACAGGCUCAGCAAUGGGCCGAAGAAGCCAGAAUGAAUAUUGUAGUAGAAGAUGACGAAGACGAGAAACUCUUUGACGAAGAGUCCAACAAGGACAAGAAGGAGAAGAAGCCCAAGAAGGUCACAAAGGGUGCCAAAAAGAGAAGCAGAAAGAAGGCUGUUAUUGACGACAGUGAAGAAGAAGAGGAAGAAGCCUCUGCUACUGACUCGGACGUUGAAGCCAGCUCUCCCAAGAAGAGGAAAACAGAAGAAUCAAAACCUUCUUCGAAGAGAGGAGGAAAGAAGAGCUCUCUUUCUUCUGAAUUCAUUGCUGACAGCGACGAAGAGUUGGAUGAUGAUUUGUUUAACGAGAAUGGUGAGGAGGAAGAAGAGGCUGAAGCAUCUGGUGCUGAGGAAGAAAACGGAGAAGUCAACGGCCAGGCUGCUGUCAAAGAUGAUGAUGAAUAGUUGUACAUUACUGAUCUAUAAGUAUUAUAAUCUAAGAUACAUGUGUUAUAUUAGUUACCAGACGAUAAUGAUGUUGUAAAUCAGUUAACCGAAUGAUGACCUGUUUAAAUAGCCUAACGAAAUCAUGAAUUUGUACUGAAGUGAACCAAGAAAUGCCGUAGGUACGUUAAUUAGUCACUUCAUUGUAUACAAGUUAACCAUAUCAUGAAUCGUUAGCAAGAGUCGGUAGUUGCAUCUCAUUAAAAGUCGUUGUGAUUUCAUUAAAGUAGACUCUAUGGAGAGUUCUAUUCUCUCCACCAUCUUCUCAUGUGUUUGUUGCUCUCCGAUGUCAUUUUGAGUAAUUUCUUCUCAAACUCAUCUAGUGUAUAUAUGAACUCGUUGUUGAUUUGUUUGUUGGCGUUUCCAGCAAAAUUGCUGAUCUCAUAGGAUCGUUCUUUCAACAUUGCCAUAGCCAAAUCUACGAGUUCUUCAUUAUCGAACAUGGAGCACCAUUUUUCCACCAUCUUAUAGUAAUUUGGAAGAAGUUUGUGCAAGUCAACAGCAGUAGGAGAAGUCUUAAUGGCGUUUUUUACUUUUGUGGAAAUGCAGUCGGGCUCUGAAAGAUCAACAAAACUGUCGCCUGAACCUUUCAGAAGUUCACAAACUGCCAACACCUCUGCAAGCCAUGUGGGAAGUUCUAGUUUCGUAUCUUUCUGAAUGGCUUUUCCCGGGUUUCCUUCGAGAUAUCCGAGGCCCGGAACCGUCAUAUUGAAUCGACAGGGCACUUUUUCCGCAUCCGCUAGAAUUUCAUCGAGGUCGUAGUAGUUGGACAUAUGAAGUUAUUAGUGAUGUUA